AAAACAACGUCUACUGUACUCAGGCUGUUGGACUGCCGUAUGUCUCUUUUCAAGUAGCUAAACUGCGAAAACAAGUACAACUGAAACAUACCAGGUGUCGAUAUGAUGGAGGAGAAAGAGGAGCGCUCAGAUGCCCAGCAGUCAGACAUCAGUUUGACGAAGGGAGACUACGAGGGAGAGAGCUUCAGGCUACACAUGGUGACGUGGAAUGUGGCCACAGCUGAUCCUCCAGAUGACGUAAGCUCGCUUCUCCAUCUAAGCUCUCCAAAGAGCCCGGACCUCUACGUCAUCGGUCUGCAGGAGGUGUACUCAAAGCCGUUGAGAUUCGUAUCAGACAUUGUGUUCGACGACCCAUGGAGUCAUCUGUUCAUGUCCACCUUAGCACCACGGAACUAUGUUAAGGUGUCCUCCAUCAGAAUGCAGGGUCUACUGCUGAUUUUCUUCUCCAAACUGGAGCAUGUGCCCUUUAUCAGAGACAUCCAGGCCACAUACACACGCACAGGCAUCUUCGGCUACUGGGGGAACAAAGGUGGUGUUUCCAUCCGUCUGUCUCUGUACGGCCACAUGCUGUGUUUCCUCAACUGUCACUUGGCUGCUCACAUGAAAUAUGCCACAGAGAGAGUGGAUGAGUUUGAAUACAUCAUGGACACGCAGACAUUUGACUGUAAGAAGGCUCCGACAAUCCCUGACCACAGGGUUGUCUUCUGGUUCGGAGAUCUCAACUUCCGAAUUCAGGACCACGGCAUGCACUUCGUCCGCACAUGUAUCAACAAUCAAACCUACAACCUGCUGUGGAGCAAAGACCAGUUGAUCAUGAUGAAGAAGAAAGAGCAGAUGCUCCAGGAGUUUGAGGAAGGGCCUCUGGACUUUCAACCCACGUACAAGUUUGACUUAAACUCUGAUACUUAUGACAGCAGCGGUAAGAAGCGUAAACCUGCCUGGACAGACAGGAUUCUGUGGCGGCUCAGACCCAAAGCCUCGCUCCCUGAUGAGCAAGACGAAAACAAACCCGGACUGGAUGUGAAAAAGGUCAAGCAGCUAGAAGAGGAUGAGGAGUACCCUCUGAAGAUCAGGCAGGACUCUUACACCAGCAAUAUGGAGUACGGCAUCAGUGACCACAAGCCUGUCAUCGGCAUCUUCACGCUGGAGCUGAGGAAGAUCUACGAGACUCCUCUGGUGCGUCUGCAGCCGGAGGGCGACUGGAGUGCAGACAUUGAUGCCAUGGUUGUCUACAGCCCUCUGCAGCCGUUCCCCUCCAGUACGUGGGACUGGAUCGGACUCUUCAAGGUGGGAUUCACCAGCGUGUCAGACUACAUCACCUACACGUGGGUCAAAGACGAUGAAGUGGCCUUCAAUGAAGAAGUCAUGCAGGUAUAUGUGAGUAAAGAGGAAAUCCCUGUGCAAGGAGGAGAGUUUGUGCUGGGCUACUACAGCAGUCCUCUGCGGUGCAUCAUUGGAAUCAGUGAACCAUUCAAGGUCCACGAGUCCAAGGUAGCCAUUGAGGAAGGCUUGUUGCCUGAGAGGAUCAACGGACUUGACAAAACCGUAGCGAGUGAAGACCUUUGGAACUAGACGUGGUACGAUGUAGAAAUGGAUCCAAUCUGGCCUGGUUCUCCUUAGCCACAGCUUUUAAUAACUGUGUUUCUUAAUCUGUCGCUGAAGGAGCAGCUUAGGAAAUGCUGCUUGUUCAUGCUGUAAGACAUCCCCACUGACAGCUCUAAUGCUACUGGUGUAGCUAUAAGUUACUUACACCUCUGUGGUCAGUAUACUUUUUUUUAAUUUUUUUUUUUUACGACUGAUCUCCAGGGUUAUAUUUUCUGUUAAUAUACGAACUAGAGUUCAAGGUCUGACUGAAAUAAAAGCAGCAAUCAUGAACAAUCCUUCAUCAUCUGAUCCAAAACCGAGAAUAGAUAGAUUAAUGCUAACUCAAAUUUAAAUUGGCCUUACAUCAAGCAAAGUCGUGCCAGCUUCUUGUCCUGGCCUGAAGCAUAAUAAAAUGACAAACUCACUGCACUGUACAUGAGAUAGCAUUAUGAAAUAUGAUGCAAUGCUUUGAUUGAAUAGUUGAAGUUAUGUGUUUGAGGAAUGGGAAGUAAAAAGGUUAGGUGCAUCGAUACAAUGGGAGGUGAAACAUGGAAGGAUUUGUACAGGCCUGCUGCUGUGUGUGAUCAGUCUGACUGUAUGUACUGUAUGUCAGUUUGUGAAAGGAAGCUCUCCUUUCAAGGCUGUUGAUGGAUCAAAAUAUUAAAAAAAUCCAAGUUUUCAUGCUAAAGUUGCUCUCACACCUACCUUGUGAGUCCUGAAAGAAAAGCUGUAAUUCUCACUAUUAAAGUUUGGCUUGUUUGGGACGGUGAAAACACCCUGGUCAAACUUCACCUGACUGCUAACAAUUAGGAAAAGGGAAUAUUAUCACAGUUCCAUGAUCACAUCAGUUUGUUGGGUAUUGUUGAUAUACCAGUCUGUGGUUUUCUAUCGCUAAUUUGCAUGCACACGGCAAAGCCAAAUAUAAUGCUGGAAUAGGAGCUUACACAGGAAAUGACUUCAUUAGUGGCUGCAUAUUUACUUACAUUUUCCAAGUUCUCAUUGUAGGCUGAGAUAAAGCUUUAAUUUUUUGUUUAUAGAAGGAUAAUCAAAGCUUCAGAACUGCAGGAGGUGAUAGUCAACAGGAAUAGCUCCCUCCACACUCAACCCCUGUCAGCUCAAAACUCAGCUGGAGUUCACAGGACCUCUAAACAUACAGCAGGUUUGUGCAGAUUUGUGUGCGAGCAGUUUAGGUUCCAAAGAAUUAACACAGAAGAAAAUAAAGGAUAGAGCUUUGUGUUUGGUGGUCCAACAAACUUAAGAUUUGACUUGACACAGGGUUAAGUACUAGAUAAUGACUGAAUAAAAUGCUUUAAGGCAGACAUAAAGAGAAAUUCAAAUAUAUUGAGGUGACCUGUUACUUUAAAAUCAGAGGCUGAUCUGAUCAGUUUCUCUAUCCUCUAUUCCACUCUGUCUGUAAAAACAUGCAGUAUUGACUAAAGAGGAAUUCUUCAUUCUGAAGUACAUGCGGAUCUUAAACUGUGUACUGUCUUAAAAACAAAGAGUAACAUUGCUGUAGUAUGUAAGCUGGAUCUAUACAUGGGUUUAAAUGUUUUUGUAUGUUAUUUCAAAUAUUCAUAGGGGCUCACAGAAUAUUUAACCAUAGUGCUGUGAAAUGACUUCUGUAGGAAGAUAAGAGAAGAUUUUGCAGUUUUGAUUUUCUCCUGGCAGUAUUUUAAUUAACUUCAGUUGUUCCUGGAGGACUUGAAAAAAUAGAUAUGUAAUAUAAUUUUUUUUUUUCCGGAGAGCAGAUUACCUUUGGCUUAUAUUCAGCUUGCUGUCUUAUUAGCCCACCAGCACCUUGCAGUUUUUAAAAAUAUGAAUCUUCCCUUUUUAAUACUGAUAUUUGUAUCACAGCAAAAUGGAGAGUGUAAAGAAAUGUUGCACUGUUUAUUGUUAAUGCAUAAGUAUUUAUAGCUUGUCAUGUCAUUAGUGUGUAUUGAGAAAGAAAGAAUAUGAAUAUUUUGUUUUUAGAGAACUAUAUGGAUUCAGCAAGUGCCUUUUGAAAUGAUUAUUGCUUUACAUUCAUCGUACUGUACUAUGCUGCUCAAUUGUGGUACAAUAUGUAUCAUUAAUAUUCAUCAGAUUAUUUUUUCACAACAUCGUAUGAUUUUCAUGGCCUCUUGUUCUAAACUUUCAGCCUUCAGCUACGUGUUCUACUGAAUAUUAUUAUUGUUAUUGGCUUGCUGGAAUCAAUUGUUUUAGUCGAUUUAUGUCACUGUUUAUUUUUUAUUUACAUUAAAGAGUGACCUAUUUUCUAAAAUAGCAAUGAAAUGUAAUAAUGUACUGUAACAGAAUUCCAACCAAUUUAUAGCUUUGCAAAUGCGAAUAUUAAAUAAGUCUCACUUCA